AUGAAUGGGUCCCAGUUGCGUCCCCAGGGCAGCGCCUUUCAUCUCUUCCCUAAACUGCCAGCCGAGCUGCGGCUUGAGAUCUGGCGCUUCUGCCUACCGCAACGCAUCUGCGAGAAAGACCAGCCAUUUUAUGAGAUUGUAUUCAAUAUUAUAGAUUAUAAAAUUCCCUCGCCAUGCCUCCUUUACCAGACGACUGAAGUAAAUGGGCGACCACCCGUCAUUACUCGAGUAUGUGCUGAGUCACGCGCAGUCGCCUUGGAGACGGGGAGUUUCUUCGAGUUUUUUCACAACACUGAUAAAAUGGUCAAGCCCAGACCGCCAGAGGCUCAGUGGAGCAGUGACACUUCUAUAAACACAGCGUGGUUUGACCAUACACGAGAUUCAAUACAUCUCAAUUGGCACCCCACUUACGAGGCAGACUUUAUGACCGAAGGCUCGCCACUCAAAAGUCUCGCAUGGGAUGCUUCGCAGGCAGUCGGGGGCGGUUCCAUUUUUAUGAAAUAUUUUCAAACUGUUCACGCACCCAAAUCUGAUCUGAUUGAUUUCCUCAAACAGCUUCCCACUUGGAUGGUUGUUAUGCGUGUGGUCGUUAUCCACACUGAUGCUAGUACUGGCGCGAGCACAGGUCUUUUCGGUCUGCUUGGUGAUUCUCGCGUACAGCUUGUUGACGUGUCCGAUGAAGCGAGAAUUAACACUUAUAUGAACUUGGCCGAGAAACGCGAACCUUACGACCUGGUCACUACCCGUCAGGAUUUCCGCAGAUACUCCGCAAAGUCGACCCAGGAAAAACUGAGACAAGUUAUUGUUGCCAAGUUUAGGUCUGAAGAAUUACUCCCCCGCCUACGUCCAGUCAUCAUGUUCCGGCUCUGUACGGAAAUGUGCAAUCGUGUGGGAUCUACUGCUUCGCUUCGCGGAGUACAACGAGCAAGGCGAGAGCGAGGGCGUGAAUGA